CAGAACCGGAAGAGGAAGUGGGGCAGGGAAAUCAGCCUCGCGUCUCAGUUGCCAUGGAGACCGGGUCGCCCAGCAAGCAGAAGCUGGCCCAUUCCGGGUCCUAUGCUUUCCGGGGCUCAAAGUGGCCGCCGACCCCGCGUCUGGCCCGCAUCCUCAGCCCGAGCCAUUCCAUCUGGCUGUCGUCCCUCGCCUACUCCGAUGGCUUCCAGUACAGCCCCGAGGGCCGGCCCCGCCGCCUCGCGCCGCUCCCGGAGCCGCACCUGCUGCGGGUGCGCCCCACGUCGCUGCGCACCCAGGACAUCUCGCACCUGCUCACCGGCGUCUUCCGCAACCUGUACUCGGCCGAGGUCAUCGGCGAGGAGGUGAGCGCGAGUCUCAUCAAGGCCCGCGGCAGCGACGAUGAGCGCCACGAGGAGUUCGUGGACGAGCUGCAGAAGGUUCGGAACGUCUAUAAGAAGCGGCUGGACGAGGUUGAAAUGCUGGAGAGGCAUAUCAUUCAGGCCUACGCACGGUCACUUGCAGAGAAAGAGCGGGCCAUGCACCAACUGCAGGCUCUCGAAUCCUUCAUCAAGAUGCCUCCAGUGCAGACAAUCUUCAGGUGGUGUGUGGACAAUGAGUUGCUACAGAAGCAUCAUCUCAUCUCCCCGGAUGACUACUACAACGACCCAGUGCCAUUUUGCUCCCCACCGAAAGGCAUCUCCAGUCCUGGACCUUCCAAACCAACUUACAGUUAUGAGAAGCGUUCCAUUGCCCAGAAAGCAGCUGCUCCAUUCAGGAAGGCCAUCACUAAGUGUGAAGAGAUAUCAGACUACUCUAUAGGCAGCCUGACCAAGGACUCCUCUGUACAGGCCAAAGUCAGGACCAAAGAAAGUACCACGAAAGCAAGCCAACCGAAGAACAAACGCUGGAUGAACCACUUACGUGUGCCACAGAGAGAGCUAGAGCGACUUCUGCUUGCCAGGAUGGAGAAUCGGAACUACUUUCUGAAAAACCCUCGGUUCUUCCCCCCUAACACCCCGCACGGAGGCAAGUCCCUUAUCUUUCCUCCAAAGAAACCAGCACAGAGAAGAGAAUCGAAGAGCCUAGAUCUGGAACAGCAGAGCUAUGCUGAGACUCCAGUGUUUCUAGCUAAGCCAUCAAUUGGAUUUUUCACAGAUUAUGAAAUUGGACCCGUUUAUGAGAUGGUGAUCUCGCUGCAGAACACCACCGCCACCAGCCGCCACCUGCGAGUCCUCCCACCCUCCACACCCUACUUCUCUCUGGGAUUGGGGAUGUUCCCAGGACAAGGGGGAAUGGUGGCUCCUGGAUUAACCUGCCAGUACACUGUCCAGUUUUUCCCCGACUGCCUUGGGGAUUUUGAUGAUUUUAUUUUAGUCGAGACCCAGUCGGCCCACACACUCCUGAUCCCCCUGCAAGCCCGGAGGCCACCCCCAGUUCUGACGUUGUCACCAGUGCUGGAGUGUGGCUACUGCCUCAUCGGGGGAGUGAAGAUGACGAGAUUCUUCUGCAGAAACGUGGGCUUCAGCGUCGGCAAGUUCUGCAUCAUGCCCAAGAGUAGCUGGCCGCCGCCAAGUUUCAGGGCUGUCGCCAUCUCUGGUUUCGUUGAGCAGCCUCCCUUUGGAAUCCGGCCUUCAGUGUUUGAGCUGGCCCCAGGGCAGACCAUAUUAGUGGAGGUCCUGUUCCUGCCAACAGAGCUGGGGAAAGCAGAGCAGACCUUCAUCGUGGUGUGUGACAACUGCCAGGUCAAGGAGCUGGUGACUGAAGGAGUCGGGCAGCUGGUCGCUUUGGAUCUGAUCUAUAUUUCUGGUGACAAAAGCCAGCCAGAGCCUGGGGAGCUCACAGACUUAACAGCCCAGCACUUCAUACGCUUCGAGCCGGAAAACCUUCAGUCCACAGUGAGGAAGCAGCUGGUUAUUAGAAAUGCGACGCACGUGGAGCUGGCCUUCCACUGGCAGAUCAUGAAGCCCAACCUGAAGCCCCUCCUGCCCUGGGAAACCUUCAGCCUGGACAGCAUCAAGUACCACCCGGACUGGGAGAGCGCCUUCUACAUCACGCCCCAGCAGGGCCUGCUCAGCCCCCACAUGGACCACGAGUUCAUCCUGAGCUUUUCUCCUCAUGAGCCCAGGGAUUUUCACAGCGUGCUCCAGAUGGUGCUGGAGGAUAUCCCAGAACCCAUGAGUUCAGGACCAGAAGCCAUGAGGGACCAGUCUUUCUUCAUGGACGACGUGAUCGUCCUGGAGGUGGAGGUGAAAGGCUCAGUGGAACCAUUCCAGGUGCUCCUAGAACCCUAUGCCCUCAUCAUCCCUGGGGAGAACUACAUUGGCAUCACCAUGAAGAAAGAAUUUAAGAUGUGGAACAAUAGCAAGUCACCCAUCAGAUACACAUGGAGGAAGAUCAGUGACUGCCACAUUGUGGAAGUGGAGCCCUGUGAAGGGGCCAUAGAGCCCAGUGAGGUUGAGCACUUUGAGUUGAACAUUACCGGGAGUGUCCCCGGCCCAGCCAGCCUGGACCUGUUGUGUGACAUCAAGAAUUCGCCGUCACCAGCAGUGCUGCACAUCGAGGCGACCUUCAAGGGGCCUGUUCUCGUCAUCAGUGUCUCAGCCCUCCAUUUCGGCUUGCUCCGCCUGGGCCAGAAAUCUACCAGCUGCAUCCAGAUCCAGAACGUGAGCCAGCUCCCAGCCACGUGGUCCCUGAGGGAGAGCCAGGACUGUCUGGAGGAGCGGUGUGAGCACGUGUCACCUUUCGAUAUCGAGCCCUCCAGUGGCCACAUGCUCCCCUUGGGGCAGUGCAAGGUAAACAUCACCUUGGAGGCCUUGUCCUGCCAACGCCUGGAAACCGUCCUGGAGCUGAUGGUGGUGAAUGGGGCCUGGAGCUAUCUGCCUGUGUAUGCAGAAGUGCAGAAGCCCCACGUGUACCUGCUCAACAGCUUUGUGGAGGUCAGCAACCUCUAUGUGGGCGUACCCACAAAGGCCGUCAUCACGCUCAUCAAUGGCACGCUCCUGCCCACCCAGUUCUACUGGGGUAAGCUCCUGGGGCACCAAGCAAGCUCCUGCACCAUCAAAGUCUUCCCCAGACAGGGCCUGCUGGGCCCCAGCGAAGAACGCCUGCUCCACCUGGAGUUCACUGCUAACACCCAGGAAGAGCUGACAGACCUGGCCUUCCCCUGCCACAUAACCGGCAUGGAUAAGCCACUGGUCCUGGGCAUCUCCGGGAAGCCCCAGGGGCUGAAUGUGACCAUUGAAGUCUUUGAAGAGAGUUCUGAAUGCAGUGUUCCCUUCUCAGAUGUGUACCCCGGCCACCCAGAGGAGCUCCGCCUGGACUUUGGCUCGACGGUGCCGCUGCGGACCCUGGUGACCCGCCAGGUCACCCUGACCAACCUCUCCCCGAUACUGGCCCCCUUCACCCUCGAGUUUGAGUACUUCCGGAGCCCCCAAGACAGCCUGAGCCGGAAACCCAGCCUGCCUGACAUUCCGGUUUCCCUGCUGAAGACGGCGAGGAUGCAGAAGCAGCUGGCCAAGCGAGAGGAGCACUUCUUUAUGGAAAACAUGCUGUCCUAUGGGAAAGGCGCAGCUUUCUUCCCCCACGUGGCCCAGGGCUUGCUGGGCGCCCACCAGCAGCUCAGAAUCAACAUCACAGGCUGUGCGAACAUGUGGGGCGAGUACUGGGACAAGCUCAUCUGCACAGUGGGAGACCAGGCACCCACUGUCAUCCCGGUGUACCUGGUGGCAGUGGGCUGUCCCAUCAGCUCCCUGAGGCCCACCUACCGCAUCGCUGACCAAUUCCAGAAGGAGCCUAUUAUCAGGUUUGGCACACAGGUCUCAGGAGGAGUCACAAUCAUCCGGACCAUUCGCCUGAACAACUCCAGUCCCUGUGACAUCCGCCUGGACUGGGAGACCUACAGUCCGGACUGCAGGGAGGACAAGCUGCUGGACCUACUGGUGUUCUACGGCCCCCUCUUCCCGCUGCGGGACCACCUGGGAAACGAGCUCCUGUCCCCUGAGACCCCAGGGAGCGUGACUGGGCCCCCAAGUUGUCCCUCCAGUGGGUCAGACUACAGCCCCGAUGCCCCAUCUGCCCAGAAGGUCAUCUCAGUCAUCCUGCAGGAGCACGAGGGGGUGCCCUCCAGCCUGUACCAGAUCAGCCCCAGGCAGCUGGUGGUCCCUGCGGGGGGCAGCAGCUCCAUCAGCAUCUCCUUCACACCUCUCGUGCUUGGCCCCGAGAUCCUGCACAAGGUGGAUUGCGCUGGCUACGCCCUGGGCUUCAUGAGCUUGGACAAUGAGGUGGAGAGGGAACUCCCUGGGAAGAGGCGCCGUGGGCAGGACUUCGCUGUGGGCCCCCUGAGGCUGGACCUGCAUGGCUGCGUGAGGCCUGCACAACUGAGCAUGGAGCUGGACUACGGCAGAGGCAUGGUCUUCCGGCACCAGGCCAGCGACCUUAUCCCCGAGCAUCCCUGCUCUGGGGUGCUGGCUGAGCUGGUGACCACCCAGCACCUGAAGCUGACCAACAACACGGAGAUCCCCCACUACUUCCGGCUGCUGGUCUCCAAGCCGUUCUCUGUCUCUCAAGAAGGGGCGAAGCACAGCCGCGGAGCCCCCAUCCAGGGAACGGCGGCAGAGGACAAGCAGCUGGUGCUCCCCCCACAGGAGAACAUGCUGGUGAACGUGUCCUUCUCGCUCUCGCUGGAGCUGCUCUCCUAUCAGAAGCUCCCAGCUGACCAGAUGCUGCCCGGAGUGGAGAUUCAGAAGAAAGCAAAUGGCGAAAAAGAGAUGGUGUUCACUCAGAACCUGCUGCUGCAGUACAACAACCAGACCAUGCAGGUGGUGCCCCUGCGGGCCGUCGUGGCCGUGCCCGAGCUGCAGCUCUCCACCAGCUGGGUGGACUUCGGAACCUGCUUCGUGAACCAGGGCCGGGUGCGAGAGGUCUACCUGCUGAACCUGAGCGGCUGCACAAGCUACUGGACCGUGCUGAUGGGUAGGCCACCCCCCAAACCCUGGGAUGCUGGAUCCCAGCCAUGCAGGGGGACAGGGAGGCUCCUGGGGCAGCGUGUGGAGCCACCAGCCCUCCCGUGUGCCACCUCCCCUCUGAGCAGGCCAGCAGAAGCCAGACAAGGACCCCGCAGCUUUCUGGGUGUCCCCAAGCAGCGGGCUGCUGCAGGCACGGUCUGUCAAUGCUCCUCCAACCUCCAUCCCUCUUCAGAUUCUCUUCAAGGCCAGUAACAGUCAGCUGUACGAGUCCACGCUGGUGGUGGAAGGCGUGCUCGGGGAGAAGGUGUGCAUGCUGAGGCUGCGGGGCAAAGGCUCUAAUGAUGAGAAAUACAUGGUACGCCAGUAGGG